GCUUUUUAACAGGGCUCGGGCAGCAAUUGGUACAGGGACAGCAAACCAGGCUGCAUCUGCUCAGCCCCAGUCACAAGCUCCCUGCUUCCUCUGAGAGAGUGUGUGAGUGUGUGUGUGUGUGCGCGUGUGCGCGCUAGACACAGGCAUCCGCUCCCAGCAUCUUGCUGCCUCCUGCAUCCUCCGGCAGCAAGUGCACGGCUCUGGCUUCCCGGGUACCACCCUCACUGCUCCAUCCCCUGACAGGGAUUUGCACGCGGAGCACAGCAUGCAGUGAGCACCAGUGGGUGGAGAGGGGCUCGUGGCCAGAGGCAGCGGCAAUGGACACUGUGUGGACUGCUGUCUAGGGCUUGUGUUCCCAGACCGACUCCGAUCCUGAGCCAUGGGGGUGCUGAUGUCGAGGAGGCAGACGGUGGAGAGGGUGCAGAAGGUCAGCUUGGCCGUGUCAGCCUUCAAGGAUGGGCUGCGGGAGCAGCCAUCGACACGGCGUCGGGCGGAGGCGGGCACCGCACGCCAGGGGACGCUGGAGCAGGAGGUGCAGGAGGGAGAGGAGGAAGAAUCAGCAGGACCUUCCCAGCCGGAGGAGAGCAGUGCCAGCAAGGCAGCCUGGGAGCGGCUGCGGGAUGGCCGGGGUGUGGAGCCUGAGGAGUUUGACCGGGCCAACAGGUUCACACCACCUGCCUUCAUCCGGCCCAAGAGGGAGCUCCACGAUGAUGAGCCCCCGGACAUCAGCCUGGAGCAGAGGGAGCAGAUCCUGAAUGAUGAGAUGUGUGAGAUCUGUGAGGUGUGGACGGCCGAGAGCCUCUUCCCCUGCCGCAUCUGCCCCCGGGUGUAUCACGACGGCUGCCUGCGCCGCAUGGGAUACUUGCAGAAGGACAGUGCCGUGGAGGUGACGGAGACAGCGCACACUGAGACAGGCUGGAGCUGCUACUACUGCGACAACCUCAAUCUGCUGCUGACAGAGGAAGAGAUGUACAGCCUGAUGGAGACCCUGAAGAACUGCAAGAUCAUUCCAGAGAGCUGCCUGACCCUGGAUGACUUCCUGCACUACAAACACCAAGUGCACAAGCAGCAGUUCGAACGGACCAUGCCUGAGGCACAGGAGGAGCAGGCAGCCCUGCAGUUCAACGCCCUGGACCCCGACAAGAAGGGGCACAUCGAGUGGCAGGACUUCCUCUCCCAUGAGUCCAUCCAGCUGCUGCAGAAAAUACGGCCGCAGAAUGCCCUUCUGCGGCUGCUGACACCCAAGGAGCGGGAGCGGGCACGGGCAGCCUUCCUGGCCCUGGACCAGGACAACGAUGGCUUCAUCGGGGAGGGCGAGUGCCGCCAGGCCCGGCACACCUGGUUCCGCAAGCACCAAAAGGAGAUGCUGUCCUGCAAUGUCAGAAGUGGGGAUGAAGAACACCGUCCUCCCUGCCACAGCAUCAGCCAUGUGGGGCCCAUAUCAGAGGGCAGCCCCGCCAGCAGCAGGAACGGCAAGAGCCCGGAGAAGAUCCUGCCAGCCACAAAGCAGGAGGAGACCAGGAGCAUCGACUGGCCCGGCUUCCUGCGGGAGAAUGUCGCCUACAUCCUGGCAGCGCGCCCCAACAGCGCAGCCCUGCACCUGCAGCCCCUCGCCUAGACCCAGCCAUGUGCCACACCUGCCAUGGUGACCUGCCCCGCCCAGCCCCCCCCCCCACCCCCCCGCAGCCGCAGCCGGGCGCCGAUUGGCUGGCGGGGAAGCGGCCAUGCUGCCCUCUGCCCCACCUCCCCCUCGGAUUGGCUGUGAAGAGGAUGGGUGCUGGGCUUUGAUUGGCUGAGGGAGCGGGAGCAGCUCUCGGGUCUCUGAUUGGUGGGGGAAGCAGGGCGGGGCAGGGCGUGUCCCCACUCCCUCCCCCCCACGCCCUGCAGGGACCACGGUGGGGAAGGGUCCCAUGCCCGGGGUCACCACGGGGCACAAGGGGCACGGAACCUGCUGCCCCCAUGAUCCCCGUUCCCACAGCACCCAGGGACCUGCGGGUCUGCCCUGGGUAGUUGUGGGGCGACAGCAGAACCCAGAGCACCCGUGUGCCCCCAGCCUCCCACAGUGCACGGGGCAGAGCCUCUGCGUGCCACGGGCAGCACCCACAGGUCUGCGGCAAGCAGUGUCUCAGCUCAUCAGCAUGGUGGAUCCUCAGGGGAUGUGGCUGACCCUCACUGGGGUCUUUCACAUCCCUGCUGUACUCCAACAGGGGCUGGAGCCCAGUAGGUCCAUCCUUGCAUGCAUGGCCCGUGGCUGUGCCUGGGAGACUGUUCCCUGGCAUGGCUCAACCCUUCCCUGCUGGCAACCAACUCUUUAAUGCCAACAGUGAUGGUGUAGGAAGGAGCACCGGGAACAGAAAGCUUCAGAGGGAUGGGAAGGCAGGGUCAGAUGUAGGGGAACCCUCCCAUGCAUCUGAUCUUGCCAGCAGCACUCCCCUGCAUCCCUCAUCCCCUCCUGUACGCCUGGUUCCAGGGGAUGCUCUUCAUCUGCUUGCCUUUCCUGUCCCACACCAGUCCUGUUCAAUCCUGCUCUCUACUCACCACAUCAAGUGGGCAACCUCGCCUCUCUGGGAGCAUUAGUGCUCAUGGUGAGGAGGAGGAGGCAGAGCUCAGAGCCUCCCCAGAUGUCAGCUGCAGGGAUGAGGCAUUCACUGGCCACAUUGGCAGCCCUAAGGUAGACAGAUGCGCUCAGCCCACAGACGAAGGAGCAGGGAGCCCGGAAACCUUGCCCCAAACACUCUAGGGGUUGGGAUGCCCAGGUCCCACGGCAGCCCCAGAAGCUGCUCCUGCCCCUCCAAUCCCUUCCCCACAGUGCCCUCAGCCUCUCCCCACCUGGUGUGCCCUGGCUCAGCCAGGGGGUCCCGGGGUGUACACAGACCAGGGCUGCACUUGCAGCAACCUGGUCACUCCCUCACCUCCGUCCCCAAUGCCCUGUGGGCAUCAUCCCAGUCAUCCCCCUUCCCCCAGCCAGGGCACAGUUCCCCUCUCCAGGGUCUCUCCCACUGCAAGACCAGGAGGCGCACCAGACAUCUUCCUCUACCACCCUGGCAUGCCAGGCCAAUGGGGAUAUUUUGGAUGCCAGGUCCGAGAAGUGGCCAGAGCGCCAAUGGGGAUAUUUUGGAUGCCAGGUCCGAGAUGUGGCCAGAGCCAUGGCGAGGAGGCAGCCGCGGAUGCGUGGGUUGCAACUCCCUAUCUGUACUGAGAUACAUUCAUUAAACAGCUGUGUCCAGCUA